AUGCUGACAUUAUUAUUUAAACAACAAUAAACGAAGAAAUAAAAAGAGAAAUAAUAAGAAAUAUUCGAUAAAUUGAUAGGGAGAUGACUUCGGAUCGUUAUUGACAGAAAAAAAAGAAGCGUUAUACAUGUGUAUGUGCGUGUGAAAUUGUAUUUUUACAGGAAAAUAUCUUUUGCAAAAUCCCGUUGCAAAAAUGCAAGCGAGCACUUCGAAGGCGCAGCAAUUGACCCGUGUGUCCUCCGUAUUGUAUCACCCGACCCGCGGGUCCUCCAUACACCUGCACAAGAAGAAACUGACCGAACAGGAAAUACAAGAGCUGCAUCAAGAGUUAGAGACUAUCGAUCAUGUGAUAUCCUUGGAGGCUCUAUGCAAGAAACUAAAUACGAACGCAGAAACGGGCCUGAAAAAGGAAGAAGCGCGCAAAAUUUUCGCACGAGAUGGACCGAAUGCUAUGUCACCGCCUAAGGUCACACCAGAAUACAUCAAAUUUUUCAAGUGUAUGUUCCACGGAUUCGCCGCAUUGCUCUGGGUUUGCGCGAUUUUAUGCUUCAUUCUGUACGUUGUUACUUAUUUUAUGAGAGAACCCGAUGUUGGUGUUGUAUGGCUUGGCAUAAUCAUCGUUUUGAUAUGCAUCACUUCAGGCGUGUUCGCGUACAUACAGGAAAGUAAAAAUAUUAAAGUAAUGGAGUCCUUCAAACAAAUGGUGCCUACUUUUGCUACGGUGAUUCGCGACGGUAUAAAAUUACGUCUAGGUACGGAGGAGCUGGUCCUGGGUGACCUAGUAGAGAUACGGAUGGGCGACAAAAUACCAGCCGACAUUAGGAUAAUCGAAUGUCGCGGAUUAAGAGUCGAGAACUCCAGUAUCACCGGCGAAAGCGAACCGGUGACACGCACUGAUUAUCCCACCGAUAAGAAUCCUCUUGAAUCUGCCAAUGUGGCCUUCUCCACGUCGUUUGCUGUAGCGGGUGAUGGCAAGGGAAUUGUGAUCGCUACGGGUGAUCACACAAUGAUAGGCCGAUUAGCCGGUCUUACAUCGCAACUCGUCAAGAUCGAAACACCGAUCGCCAAAGAAAUCAGACAUUUUGUCCAGAUCAUUACGAUUGUGGCGGUUCUAUGUGGCAUCGUUUUCUUUGGAUUAUCACUGCUGCUGGAAUCUAAUCUCGUGCGAGCGUUCACCUAUCUGCUUGGAAUAAUUAUCGCCAAUGUACCUGAGGUAUUGUUAGUGACCGUGACAACAGUUUUAACAUUGACCGCACAAAGAAUGGCGAGCAAGAAUUGUCUGGUAAAGAAUCUAGAAGCGGUCGAGACUCUAGGCUCGACAUCGACAAUCUGUUCCGAUAAGACGGGCACUCUUACACAGAACAAGAUGUCUGUGUCUAAUCUGUGGUUCGGUCAUACUAGAUAUAACUUUCCACCGGGCGAGAGGAUUGGUGUUGAAAGAGACUUACUGCUGGAGAAGCCGGCUUUUAAUGCUAUGCUCAAAGUCUCAACUCUUUGUCUGCGUGCCGAAUUCACCGCCGAGUCUUAUAGAUUGGCGCCCAUCGAGGAGCGUGAGAUCAUCGGCGACGCAUCCGAAACUGGUAUCCUUAAGUUCUGCGAACACAUACAUCCAACGCAACGGUUUCGCGAGGCACAUCCGAAGGUAGCUGAGAUCCCUUUCAGUUCCAUGACCAAGUAUCAGAUGUCGAUACAUCGAAAUGCCAACGGCUACACGAUGAUACUGAAGGGUGCUCCGGAAGUGAUAUUGGAGAAUUGCACGACGAUACUGACGGCAGAUGGAGAGACCAAAGAGAUGAGCUUCCACGAUCAUGCUAUAUCUCGUAGAGCUUGCAUGGAAUUGGGCUAUCUCGGUGAACGCGUAUUGGCGUAUUGCGAUAUGCAUUUGCCAGACAAUGUAUACGGACCGAACUACAAAUUUAAUACCGAUUCGCCUGCGUCCUACAAUUUUCCCACCAAGGGAUACAGAUUCGUAGGGUUGAUCAGCUUACAAGAUCCGCCGAGACCCGGCGUGCCCGAGGCAGUACAAAAGUGCCGUACCGCCGGUAUUAAGGUGAUUAUGGUGACGGGAGAUCAUCCGGUGACAGCGAUGGCGAUUGCUAAAAAAGUAGGUAUCAUUAGCGAAGGUCACGAGACCCGUUACGAGCGGGCGAUCCUACAGAAUAAAUCUUAUUCGCAAGUGAGCGAUAUGGAUACUGGCGCGACUAUCAUCACUGGCGCCGAAUUAAGGAACAUGGAUUCACACGAAUUGGAUAAUAUCAUACGCAAAUACGAGGAGAUCGUGUUUGCGAGGACGUCACCGCAACAAAAGUUGCUGAUUGUAGAGAGCUGCCAACGAUUAGGAGAGAUCGUGGCAGUUACUGGUGACGGUGUCAACGAUUCGCCAGCAUUGCGAAAGGCUGACAUAGGAGUUGCGAUGGGUAUCGCUGGUUCCGAUGUAGCCAAGAAUGCCGCAGACAUGAUACUCAUGGAUGACAAUUUCGCGUCAAUUGUGACUGGUGUCGAAGAAGGUCGUCUGAUAUUUGAUAAUCUAAAAAAAUCGAUCGCGUAUACUUUAACAUCAAGCGUACCGGAAAUGAUACCGAUGCUGAGUGGCCUGUUGUUAGCGAUUCCCUUACCAUUAGUCAUCGAAUUGGUCAUUUGCAUAGAUGUCGGCACUGAUGUGGUACCUGCUAUCGCUUUGGCGUAUGAAAAGGCCGAAUCUGAUAUAAUGCGUCGUGCGCCAAGAAAUCCUCAAUACGAUAAGUUGGUGAAUAAGCGUUUAAUAUCCAUUACUUAUGGUCAAAUAGGAAUGACUCAGUCCUUUGCUGGAUUCUACACAUACUUCAUGGUGCUUAUGAUGAAUGGCUUUAUGCCCGAUCGUCUAUUAGGUUUACGAAUAGAAUGGGAGGAUCCAUCUAUCAAUGAUUUAGAAGAUUCCUGGGGUCAAACGUGGACUUACGAAAAUAGAAAAAAUUUGUUAAUGGAAGCGCAAAGCGGAUAUUUUCUUUCUAUCGUUAUAACACAAAUGAUAGAUUUGAUAAUGUGUAAAACCAGGCGCAACUCCAUUUUUCAACAAGGAAUGAGCAACUGGUUCGUCAAUUUCUCUUUCGUUUUCGAAGUUAUUUUAACAGGGAUCUUAUUCUAUAUUCCAGGCACAGAGUAUGUAUUAAAAACAAUGCCACUGAAAGCUUAUUGGUAUUGGCCUUCUUUGCCACUCGGCCUGUUCCUUUGGAUUUAUGAUGAAUUUAGACGAUUAUGUAUUCGUCUCUUUCCAGGUGGAAUUAUGGAAAGAGAAACAUACUAUUAAAUUUUUUUUUCAA